AAAUAUCACAAAUAUCUAAUAAUAUCUAUGUAACCUUCGCUUUUACUGUUUCGAAAUGGUUAAGCGUACAAAAUAUCGUGUCUAUGGAAAAACUAGUCCGUGCGAGUUCAACAUUUAAUAUAUUUGACCGACAUUUAAGAUUAUCCGCAGAGAAUUAUUUGACGACAUUUCGCAGAGAAUUUGUCG